GAUGUAAUAUCGGUCUGAAUUUAAACUGUGUAUUCGGGACGCCCUAAUAAAACAACGUUGCCCAUUGUUAAUAUAGACUGGAAUCGUUAGGAAAAUAGACAAACCGUUAGACAAAUGUUUUAAAAGACAGCUGCUGCAGGUCUCAUUGAUUCAAGGUCUCAUUGAUAAGUCUUCAACGCCAUGGCAACCAGAAUCACUAAGGAAAUGAAAUCUCGCCAUACCAGGCUUCUGAAUGAUUUGGCCAACCAUUUUGAUCCAGCAUUGAAUGGACAUGAAUUUGACCAGUUGAAGAAUUCUUGUCGAGUUCAUAUUCAACCUCUAGCAUUGAAAAAUUCAAAUAAUGCAAUCGAAUUGUUGAAGAAUUUAGAAAGAAACAAUACAAUAUCGGUAGGAAAAUAUGAUGAACUGAAGAAGAUUAUAAAAGAAUUUGAUUUUACGGUAUUAGAUGUAAUCACGGAGGCAGAAGAUGAUUUAACUCAGCUGGGAUUACAAGCCCCUGGAGCAGCCUCUUCACCUGUACAACAGCCACAGAGCGAUUCUAAUCCACCCAGCAGUCGUAAAACGAACCUAAAUGUACCUGGAGCAAAUACAGGUGAAUUAGAAUCACAGCACCCAUCCCCAGGAAAUACAGACAAGCCUAGUGCUCCAAAAAAGAAACGAGAUGAUGAACCUGAUGAUUAUGUUUACAAGACUAAUGGUAAAACAGGACUGUUGGUGAUCCUCAACUUCACUCAAAAAAGGGAAGGCGCAUUGGAAGAUGAGAGAAAUUUAAAGGGAUUUUUUAAAGACAGCCUGCAGUGGGAAGUGGAAACUCGACAGGACUUGAAAUAUGAUCGACUUGCCAGCGUAUCUGCUGGGAUUACAGAGCGUCUCAGUGACCAUGAAACUGCUGACAAGUACCACUCUCUCGUCGUGGCUGUCAUGAGCCAUGGAAAUGAGGAUGGAAUCUUCCCACAUGACCACCUGGAAGAAGUAGAAGAAAAGAGAGUGUACAAAUUUGACACAAUUUUCAACUUUUUUAAGAAUGAUGAGAUAAAAGCAUUUGCAGGUAAACCCAAAGUGUUUCUAGUACAGGCUUGCCGAGGUAGCCAAAUCCAAGGGGAGGUUAUUCAGGAUGACCAUGACCCAAUUGAUAUUGGUGAACUUCCUCUCCCAGCUUCAGUCCGUAUAUCCAUCCCUGUGGACGCAGAUAUUCUCAUUAUGUGGGCAACUACACCUGGUUUCAAGGCGUUCAGAAGUGUAAUCUCAGGCUCGCAUUUUCUUCGAGAAGUGGUGCAUCAAUUCGAACAGAACUAUGGAACAGAUCAUGUGGAGGCUAUGCUGAUGAAGGUUCGGCACACAUUUGCGUGCACAGAAAAGUAUCGAUGGAAACAUGUAGGAACAGACAAAGAUGGCAGAAAGAAAACCAGUGUUUCUGUACAAAUGCCUUGUACAUGGACGACUUUAACUAAAAUGUUAUACCUAAAAUGAAUAUAGAAACCAAUGAUUUAAUAAAGUAGGCAGCUACACUCGACUAUCGUCACCUGUAAAUCUGUCCAUUUUCAUAAGUUUUACUGUAAACCGAGAAUUUCUUCCUCGUAGCAGCGUCAUCUUUCAUCAGUAAAACUGACUAAAUAUCAGCAUUCUUCAUUAGUAAUAUUCACAUGCGAGACACCAGUUUGUAGUUUCAAGAUUUAGGGUUGUGAGUGUUGAGAAUAUUUGUAUAGGAUGGCAAAUUGAGUUUUUAAGGAUAAAUUAUUGAGUUGGCAGACUUCCUGAGUUUUAUUUAAGCAUUGAACUAUUACCAAAUGGUAGUAUACAGUCGAUGUGAAUACAAUUUGGACAACAUAUAAAUAGAAUGACAUUGACACUGAUAAUUUUGAUAAUUUGUGAAGUUGCUUUAUUUUUUGUGGUGGCUUAUGUAAAUAAAUGCUAGCAUUCGAAUGCUCUCUAGGUGGAAAGUAACUGACGAGCAUUUUUUUUAACCUACAACACCUGGAGCUGUAUUCCUACACUGACCAAAUCACUGUAGUAUACAGUCUCAUGAAUACAAUUUGGUUCACUAACGACAUAUAGGCAAAUGCUACACAAAAUCUAAAUCUAAAUAUUUGAAUGCAAAAUGUAAAACUUGCCAAGGACUUGUAAUAUUUGAAAAGGACAUUAGUCUACACGAAAUGGAUAGGUAUGUGUAAAAUCUGGCAAAACUUGCAAACGAUGUAUUGUAUUUCCAAUAAACAUUAGCUUACAUGUAAAGUAUGUGUAUACAUGUAUCUACAAAAUUUGCCAUAAAAAGGCAGACAACUAGUAAUAUUUCCAACUCAUUUUUUGUCAAAGUGAAAUAGAUGUGUAUAUGUGAAACUUAGCUAAAAGUACCUAAAAUAUUGUGAGUAAAGGGUAAAUUAAAUGCAAAA